UCGAACAUGUGCUACCCAAAAUUCAAAGUGCUGCAUAAUUUUGCAGAAAAAUAGUGAUAAAAGUGUUUGAAACCGCGUAAAUUUGUGUUCAAGUUGUAGAUUCAGUUGGAAAGUUUGUGAAUUUGAUAAAGUUCAGUGCAAUUUCGACUAUUUGGAGUGGUAAAAGUGUUCAGUUUGCAAUCGCUAGUUCGGCAACCGUCGUGUGCAUAACCCUUUCGAAACUGGUGCCGGUGGAUCGUUCAGGAUGACGAUCGAUCAGAAUCUGGACGUGAAUUUGGAUCCGACCAAUCUGCAGUUUUCGGUGUUCAGCUCGGACGACAUCAAGCGGAUCAGCGUGACGAAGAUUGUGACGCAGCGGUCGUUCGACGAGCUGGGUCAUGCCAUUCCCGGGGGGUUGUACGAUGCCGCGAUGGGCCCUAGUGGCCGGGGGGAGGUUUGUGCAACCUGCGUGAAGGACGUGAACCAGUGCGAGGGUCACUUUGGGCAUAUCGAGAUAUGCGUGCCGGUUUUUAAUCCGUUUUUCGUGAAAACGGUUUAUAAUUUGCUGCGUAUUUGUUGUACGGAUUGCUUCCGGCUGCAGAUUCACGACUCGAUGAAGAGCUUGCUGGAGUUGCAGCUGCAGCUGGUUGAUGCCGGGUAUAUCGUGGAAGCUGAGGAAUUGGAGGUGUACAAGCAGAAGGUGGCGUUGGCGCCGGUCGGGGAGAUGCCCGAGGGGGUUUCCUACUACACCGAGUUGCUGAUGAAUCAUCCCUACAACAAACUGGGAAACACGAAAAACUCCGAAGCAAUUCGUAAUGCCAUCGUCAACAGUACGAUGAAGGAGUGCAUCAAGAAGCUGUGCAUUCACUGCAAGUCACCCAUUCAGAAGGUUCGGGUUUCCAACAAACGCCUGGUGUUCGGCAUGACCCGAGCGGAGAUGAGAGCGUUCUACGAAAAGAAAGGCAUGAGCGACAUCGAGGACGAGAAGACAAAGGCCACGAAUCGGAUCAUCUUCGCCGAGGAGUGCCAGCGCUACUUCUACGAGAUGUACAAGAACGACGGCCGUUUGCUGGAUUUGCUGUUUCCGAUUCUUAAACACAGUACCAGGACCAUGCGACAUCCGGUGGAUAUGUUCUUCAUGGAUGUGGUUCCGGUUCAACCGCCGCUGGUGCGUCCGGUGAGAAGAGUCGAUGGGAUGGAAAUCUUGGAACAUCCGCAGACGUCGAUCUUGCGGAAUAUUCUGAUGGCGAACGCAACGCUGAGGGCAAUUUUGGUGAUGAACAAGAAAGAUGAGGAAGGCGAGGAGAAUUUAGGAACCAUGGAAGCGGAGAUGAAGAAGGUUUACGAGUCGGCCAAGGGUGGUUCCGGCUACGAGAAGCUGUACAAUGCUUGGGUUGAGCUGCAGAGCUACGUUGAUAUGUCCUUGGACGUUAACAUGGCUUUGGACAAGAGCAAGGCUCGUGGUUGUGGUCUGAAGCAGAUCAUCGAGAAGAAGGAAGGUCUGGUGAGGAUGCACAUGAUGGGAAAGCGUGUAAACUACGCGGCUCGAACGGUUAUCACCCCGGAUCCAAACAUCGGAGUUGAUGAAAUCGGAAUUCCGAUCACGUUUGCCAAGCGGUUGACGUAUCCGGUUCCGGUGACUUCCUGGAACGUCGCUGAGCUGCGGAAGAUGGUACUAAAUGGCCCGGACACCUAUCCUGGAGCGAACAGCAUUGAGGACUCGAACGGACAGGUGAGUAGAAUCUCCGCCAUGAACGUGACUCAACGGGAGUCCGUGGCCAAAACCCUAUUGACUCCGCACAGUUCAAACGAUCAAGGCGUUAAGGUUGUACACCGACACCUGUUGAACGGUGAUAUCUUGCUCUUGAAUCGUCAACCAACGCUACAUCGACCAUCGAUCAUGGCCCACAAGGCAAAAAUCCUCAGUGGUGAGAAGAUCUUCCGCUUGCACUACUCCAACUGUAAGUCCUACAACGCCGACUUCGACGGCGAUGAGAUGAACGCCCAUUUCCCGCAGAGUGAACUGGCUCGCAGUGAGGCAUACAACCUCGUGGCAGUUCCCCACCAAUAUCUGGUUCCAAAAGACGGAACUCCCCUGGGAGGCCUGAUCCAGGAUCACAUCGUAUCCGCCGUAAAAAUCUUCAUACGAGGCAAGUUCUACAAUCGCGACGACUACCAACAACUAGUCUUCCAGGCGCUAGCCAACCAUCGUGGAGACAUCGAUCUACUCCCUCCGACCAUCCUGAAACCCGCCAAACUCUGGUCCGGCAAGCAGAUCAUUUCCACGAUCAUCAAGAACAUCAUCCCCAAGAAGAUGCCCCACAUUAACCUACUAGCCACGGCCAAACUCGGCAACAAGCACUGGCAAACGGAACCACCCCGCGAAUGGCACGCCGGAGGCACCCCUCUGACCGGAAAUGAAAUGUCCGAAUCGGAAGUGAUCAUUCGCAACGGAGAGCUUCUAACCGGAAUACUCGACAAGAACCACUUCGGAGCCACUCCGUACGGUCUGAUCCAUUGCAUGUACGAACUCUACGGAGGUCAUUGCUCAACGCUUCUUCUCUCGUCUCUUUCCCGGCUCUUCACCUACUACCUCCAGUGGGAGGGCUUCACCCUUGGCGUUAAGGACAUCCUGGUCCAGAAACACGCCGACAAAAAACGAACCAAGAUCAUCAAAGCCUGCCGGCAGAUCGGACACGAAACGGCCGCCUCCGCCUUGGAUCUCCCCCCAGAUGUAUCCCCCGAAGAACUCAACGCAAAAAUGGAGACGGCUUACGCCAAAAAUCCGAAGUUCCGCGCGAUCCUCGAUCGCCAGUACAAAUCCGCCCUGGACAAAUUCACUAACCAGAUCAACGAAGUGUGUCUCCCGGGUGGAUUGAUCUCCAAGUUCCCGGACAACAACCUGCAGCUGAUGGUCCAAUCCGGAGCGAAGGGUUCCACCGUCAACACCAUGCAGAUCUCGUGCCUUCUCGGCCAGAUCGAAUUGGAAGGUAAACGACCCCCGUUAAUGAUCUCCGGUAAAUCGCUGCCAAGUUUCGCCAGUUUUGAGACUUCCCCAAAGUCCGGUGGUUUCAUCGAUGGCCGUUUCAUGACCGGAAUUCAACCGCAGGACUUUUUCUUCCAUUGCAUGGCCGGUCGGGAGGGUUUGAUCGAUACCGCUGUGAAGACCAGUCGUUCCGGUUAUCUUCAGCGUUGCUUGGUGAAACACCUGGAAGGUCUGAACGUUAACUACGACAUGACCGUGCGAGACAGCGAUAACAGUGUGGUCCAGUUCAUGUACGGUGAAGACGGAAUGGAUAUCUCCAAGGCACAGUUUAUCGAAACUCCGAAUCAUUUGAAAUUCUUGGAUCUGAACCGGGACGCGAUCGUACGACCGGAGAUCGUCAAGACCCUUGCCAACGACGACGACCUGAACGAUCAGAUCCUUCGUCACGUGAAGAAAAUGAAAUCCUGGCGGAAGAAGCACGGAGACAGUCUGCAGAAGACCCGCGUCUCACCGUUUUCCAAGUAUUCCUCGGAACACGGGGAGGAAAUCCGAGCUUCCGUAACCAAUCCCGAUCGACUAAAGUCGAAAAGCGGACGAACCCGGUUAACCGAAAAGAUCUUCAAGAAAUGGUACAAAGCUGACCCCAGCCUGAAAGAAAAAUAUGCCAAAAAGUACUCGCGCUGUCCGGAUCCGACCUUCUCGUUGUUCCGUCCGGAUAGCUGCUAUGGCGCUCUGACCGAACACCUGCAACAUCUGGUCCAAUCCUACAACAAAUCCGAGAACCCCCUGCACGACAUGGACGAACUGAUGAAGGUCAAAAACAGCACCGCCCUAGCCGCCCCCGGCGAACCCGUCGGCCUACUGGCCGCCCAAUCCAUCGGAGAACCGUCCACCCAGAUGACCCUCAACACCUUUCACUUCGCCGGUCGUGGUGAAAUGAACGUGACCCUCGGUAUCCCCCGUCUGCGUGAAAUCCUGAUGAUGGCCUCUCAGCGCAUCAAGACCCCCUCCAUGGAGAUCCCCUUCCGGGAGUUCCGCAGUCAGAAGAAGCUGAACGCCGCGGCGGAGCGGAUGCGCAAAACCCUCAACCGGGUGACGGUGGCCGACGUGCUGCAGGACAUCGACAUCAAGUCCCGGCUGGUGUUGCGGCCAUCCCGUGGGCUGCAGCAUACGGUACGGUUCUGCUUCCUGCCCAAGGAUGCCUACGAGCACGACUACCGGGUGGAGCCGAAGCAGAUCCUGCAGUACAUGUCCGGGACGUUCUUCAAGUACAUGUUCCGGAUGAUUAGCCGGUCCGCCAGGAGCAAGAAUGUGCUGAUCGAAAUCGAACAGGAGUCCAAAGCGAAACAGGCCGCGUCAACCGAGAACGACGACCUGGCAGACAGUCGGGUGCCGGAUGUCUCCACCCGGCUUGAGGAUGAUCCGGAUGAAAGCUCGGAUGACGACGCCGGUGGCAACGAAGACGAAGUCGACGCCACGGAAUCCAAACUGAAGAACAAGAAGAGCGACGAAGUGGGCUACGAUACGGACGAGGAUGAUGACGAGGAGGAAGAUGAACUGCAGGAGUCACUGGAGGAUAAGGAUAAGGAGGCUGGUGAAGGCGGUGAAGCGACACAGGGGGCGAAAGACAACGAGGAAGACGAGGUGAUCAACGAAGAAGAUAUGGACGAUGGGUUGGAUACGAGUGAGACGGUACUGGAGGACGAUGCUGUGAGGAUGCACGUGAUGAAGACCAGCGAACUGAUCAGUGAUUUUGUGUUCGACAAGAAGGAGCAUCGCUGGUGUCAGGUCACCUUCCAUAUGCCGAUGAAGUACAAGGAAAUUGACUUCACGAAGAUUCUGAGGGAUAUUGCUGAGAAGUGCGUGGUUUGGGAGAUCCCCAAUAUCCGGCGUGCCAUCACCUACAUCCAGAACGAUCAGCUCUAUCUGAAAACCGACGGGAUCAACAUCUAUGCCAUGACUAAGUUCUACAAGAGCCUGGACCUAGACCGGCUCUACUCGAACGACAUCUACGCCAUUGCCCAGACGUACGGUAUCGAAGCGGCCGGUCGGGUCAUCGUCAAAGAGGUACAGAACGUGUUCAAGGUCUACGGCAUCACGAUCAAUCCGCGCCAUUUACUGCUGGUGGCGGACUACAUGACCGCGGACGGGACCUUCAAGUCGAUGAGCCGCAAGGGCAUGGAGAGCAGCGUGUCACCGUUGCAGCAGAUUUCGUUCGAGUCGUCGAUUCAGUUCCUGAAGGCUGCUGCGCUGAAGGGCACCGGUGACCAUUUGGACUCGCCCUCGUCCCGGCUGAUGGUCGGACAGCUGUGUAAAAGCGGAACCGGGGCGUUUUCGGUUUACAGUAAGGUACAGGCCGCGGCUUGAAAGUGCGGUUAGGUGUGCGGGUAAGUUGUUAAGAUUCGAAUGUAUCAAAUAAAUAUCGAAAUUUCAAAUAUU